UUAGUUAUUAAAUGGCGGUUCGUCUCCCGAGUGUCUGACCAAAUGCAAGCGCUGAUGUCGGGAAUCAAUGAGUUCGUUCCUCAGAACCUUUUAGCGAUUUUCGAUCCUCAUGAACUCGAACUGCUGAUGUGUGGCUUACAGACUAUCGACGUCAAAGACUGGAAAGACAACACGAUGUACAAAGGUGGAUACACACCUAAUCAUCCUGUCAUCCAGAACUUUUGGAAGUGCCUACUGUCAUUCGAUAACGAGUUUCGAUCUCGUCUGCUGCAGUUCAUCACCGGCACGUCUAGGGUUCCAAUGAACGGCUUCGCAGAAUUGUAUGGUUCCAACGGACCUCAAAAAUUCACCAUAGAAAAGUGGUCCACUCCAAACAUGCUACCCAGGGCUCACACAUGCUUUAAUCGACUCGACCUUCCGCCGUAUAAGACAUACCGGGAGUUGAAAGAAAAACUUAUGAUCGCAGUCGAAAACGCUGCUUGCUUCGAAGGAGUGGAUUAG